AAGUGUUCAACGACAAGAGCAUCAAUUUACGUAGAUAUUUAUGUGCCUGAUUUCGGGUAUCUUUAAUGUAUUCGUAAAUAUACAUAGCAGCAUUUGCACACAGUUUAACAUAAUUAACUUUAAUACGUAGGAUACAAACUAAAUUCACGUAAAAAAAAGAAAAAAGAAAAAAGUACUAGUUGAAAAAUUCGAUGGUAGCGUGUCGCUAUAGUGACUUCGGUGUUGAUUUUAAACAGGCGGUUACGAUAGCUACCAAAGGGUCCUUGAAUCUGCUGAUAGUCUUAUUCAGCGUUUUGUCAUGUGUUGUGGUUAAAGUUCCAAUAACCCCGUCCUCCCUACGCGCAAGUGCACUCGCUGGUUUCUAAAACAAUAGCGUUUGUAGACUAUCUAGUGCACUAUAUAUUGAAUUUGAAGUGGUUUGGGAUUCAGCCUGACACUUCCGGGUAAACAUUGCUGCCGUUACUGUCACUGUUAAAUACAGCACAAGAAAAUCACUUCCUGCAAUGUAACUAAAGAACUUAUCUGAAGAAAGCAGUGUAUGAAAUUUGGAAGAGUUCUAAAACAUAUGUCAGAGACAAUGAAUAAAACCUGGCCAUGAAACCAGAGGGACUGUGGGGUCAGUAUUACAACGGAGAGAAUCCUGAAGACCUGACAGACGUUUACAAGCAGUUGUAAGGGACGUUAUGAAGCGAGAUUUAGAUGACAGCACUAAAAGGUGUUGUGAAUAAUGAUGAUGAGGAAGAAACAACAUGACUGAGAAAAGACGUGAAGACACCGAGGUCAGAAUUAGUGCAGACCUACUGACCGAGCUGCUUUCUGUGGAAUGGGCCUGUUUCCCCGGAGAAUGACGCGAUUUCAGCGCAAAAUAUGCGUCACUUUGACCGCACUGGCCUUGUUCGUCUUGGUCGUUCUGAAAAGGCUGUCUCCGGAUGACAGGGUCGCGGUGGGCGACUUUGGACUCCCUCAAGACAUGAAGAGAGAUGAUGAUGCUGGGAUUCACAGCAUGCCAGAGACCAGUGUGAUCAAAAACAUCUGGACGGAAAAGAUUGCGAGCAUCUUCGAUAGAGGCCCUCAAGAGAAAGAUUUUCCUCCUCCAAAUUACAACGUACACGUUUUCUACUACACGUGGUACGGAAACCCUCGGUUUGACGGGAAGUACAUUCAUUGGAAUCAUCCGUACCUGCCACACUGGAACCCCAAAAUAGCACUGGGCUACGCAACAGGAACACACCAGCCUCCAGACGACAUCGGGGCCAAUUUCUACCCCGCCUUAGGGGCAUACAGCUCUCGGGAUCCUUCUGUUAUAGAGGUUCAUAUGCAGCAGCUACGGACAGCAGCCAUAGGUGUUCUCGCGGUGUCCUGGUACCCGCCUGGCAUGAAGGACGAUAACGGCGAACCGACCGAAGACAUCGUGCCUUUGAUUCUGGAAGUAGCCGCAAAGUACAAAGUGAAGGUGGUUUUUCAUAUCGAGCCAUACACGGGACGCAAUGACAAGAGUAUGCUUGAAAACAUCAAAUACAUUAUCGAGAAGUAUGGAGACCAUCCUGCGUUUUUCAGAUACAAGUCAAGCACUGGAAAGCUUCUUCCGUUGUUCUAUAUUUACGACUCCUAUUUGCAAAGUCCAGGAAUCUGGGCUCGGCUGCUUAAGAGCACCGGGAAGAGAAGCAUCCGAAACACCGCGUACGAUGGCAUCUUUAUCGGCCUGCUCGUGGACGAGAAACAUAAAGCCGAAGUCCUGGAUGCCGGCUUUGACGGCGUUUACACGUACUUUGCAACUAAUAGCUUUUCCUACGGCUCGUCCCAACAGAACUGGAGAUCCAUUAAGGCUUUCUGCGACAGCAACAAUUUGAUUUUCAUCCCCAGCGUCGGUCCAGGCUAUAUCGACACCACCAUCAGGCCCUGGAACGGUCACAACACACGGAACCGCAUCAACGGCAAGUAUUACGAGACGUCUCUGAAAGCGGCGCUGGAGGCCAGGCCCGAAAUCGUCUCCGUGACUUCGUUUAACGAGUGGCACGAAGGAACUCAGAUCGAAACAGCUGUACCUAAGACACGUGGCCAGACUGCUUACUUCGAUUAUCUUCCCUACAAACCGACUUUGUAUUUAGACCUCACGCGCAAGUGGGCGGAGAAAUACCGAGAAGAACAAGAGAAAUGGCUACAGUGACGAGUAUUGUAUGUCCCAGAUGAUGUCACAGUCAGCGGAACGUCCGUCAAAUGUCCUGAUUGAAACGACAGCGAGAAGAAUUAAAUACACAUAAAUACAACCUUAUGAUUAUUGAUUAAUCUGGGAAAAAUAAGAGAAAAAAUCAUAACAUGACCUUUGUUGAUUCCAGUUGUGAAAGUAUAGAAAGUGGAUAGUUCGACAGAUUAUUCAUCACUUUUGAUCGUCAUGUUGUUGCAGGAAUUCAUUUCCGAAUAGGCUUCACUUAAUUUUGCUUUGAUGUAUGAAUUCUGUAAAUCUGAGAGUUUUUCUCCCAAUAAAACAUGUUGACAUUUCCACGAAAACCGAAAUAUAUUUUCACUAAAAUGACAUGCAAAUGUUUUUAUUUGGCUACUAGCUCACCUCGGCUUGGGUAUCUUCUUGCAAAGAGCAUGCUGGGUAAAGAGGCGGUUUAACAAACGCAGUCUAAAACCUAAGUGCUAACUAAACUAAGUGAUCUCCCCUCACACAGCGAACGCCAGACGUCGAUCACGUUCUCGGAUAGCGACAGCGAGGAGAAAUAAGCAUUCGGAUCCUUGCGUUUUUAGUCUUAUUUAAUAAACUUCCAGCGCAUACAGCCAAAGACACGUUUACGACCCGACCCGUCUUACCGAUGUGAUUUCUCUCGCUCGACGACGGCAACUCCGGCAAAACGAGUUGUUAUACUGUCGGGGGCGGGACACUUCAGAAUCGAGAGCGCGUUCGAUUGGACGGAAAAUCUGAAAGCGCGGAAUGAUGCGAUCAGAAUUGUUGAUGCGUCUUGGUGGUAGACGGGACUGUACGUUUUUGAGUGCGUACAUCUUCUAAAUCUUCAAUAAUUUUGUCGUUUUGUGGCACACCGGUUUAUAGAUAACAUUAAGGCUGACAUAUUCGUACUAAAAGGCACUAAAACAAUAUAUAAAACAAAAAACAUAUAUAUAUAUAUGUAUAUAAAUAUAUAUAUAUAUACUGCAUCCAGGUGAUCAUGGACACCAAUCACACUGAGAACUGAGA